AUGGCCGGCGCUUACAACGUCUCUCACGAGAUACGCUCCCAAAAGGCAAAUCAUCGAGGAAACAGCUAUUCGCAUCCUUACUGGCCCACAUUGGGCCUGCCCUCAGUCGGCGAAGGAGGGGUUGGCAAGAAAGCCGACCGAGCGGCGUCCUGGAGGAUGGACCCCGUUGGAAGCGCUGGUAUGGAAGAAGGGUCCGAUCAAAUUGGACAAGAAAAGUGGGGGAAAAUGGGAGACAAGAAUUGCAUUCGUGCUGGCUCCAUGGGAGCUCAGUGCUUUGUGGAACCCACGGAGGCAGCAUUGGCGACUCACAAUGCUGUAUCAGAGGACCCCAGAGGAAUAGCAAUGGCAAUGCCAUAG